AUGUCUGGCCGUGGUAAAGGAGGAAAAGGUCUAGGAAAGGGCGGUGCUAAGCGUCAUCGUAAGAUUCUUCGUGACAACAUCCAGGGUAUUACCAAACCCGCUAUUCGCCGUCUUGCUCGUCGUGGAGGUGUAAAGCGUAUUUCUGGUCUCAUCUACGAAGAAACCCGUGGUGUAUUAAAGAUCUUCCUUGAGAAUGUCAUUCGUGACUCUGUAACGUAUACUGAACAUGCUAAACGUAAAACUGUUACCGCUCUUGACGUUGUUUAUGCCUUGAAGCGGUCUGGCAGGACGUUGUAUGGCUUUGGAGCAUAG